CAACAGCAGUCCAGGGCGAAGGCAGCAAAGAGAAAUGUUUUCUCAAUCGAUAUUGAUGCAUAUAUUGGCUAUUAUUUUGGUCUGCUGGCUGGGACACGUCACCGGUCAGUCAUCGGCAGAUGAUCAAGAUCUUGAAAUCGGCUCAAAAGGGGAAGGACCUCCGGAAAAGCAAGAGUUUCCUUGGGUUGGUAGUGACUACAAUGUUGAAAAUAUCUUUUAAGUCCCAGAAACACUUGUGAGAGAUAUUUGUACUUGCUUUAAUAAAUAUGUAAUAUUUUAUAAGUCUUCUUAUCAGUAAU